AAAUAAGCUAAAUAAAAAGUAGAUGGCUGCUGAGGAAUGUGUCUCCUUAGGAAUACUAACAGAGCCUAGAGCUCUGAAGCUUACUUUGUCUAUGCCCGUCUGACGUGACUCCUACCACUCCAAGCACUGAGCUCUUUCCUGUAAGAGGGAUGUCCCUCCACAUGUCUUUCAGCUGCCUUUUGCUUCUUUCCAACUAUAUAAAGACUGCUGACACCCAGUGUCUGGAGUUGGGUGAUAAAGCAAUGAAUUGCUUUCUUAGUCUUUUAAGGUUAACCUCAGGCCUUAGAAACUAGAAGCACCAUUGUGAAAAUGACUCCUUUAUAACAAAGGCUAGAGAUCUUCUUGUAGUCCCAAUGUGUCAAGACAUUAAUUGAAGAGGAAGGCAGACUGUAUUUCUCGUUUUCCCCCCUCAGCUUCAACAAAAGAUGCUCGUAUUCUUCUCUGGAAAACAUCACAGUGUCUCAAGAGAUAACUCAGUCAGACUUGUGAGUCCUGAGCACUAUAGGCUGUUCCCCUCUUGUUGUAUUUGUCUGGGAUAUCUGCAUUAGAAAAAACAAUUUGCAUUGUUGAACCAGCCAGUGCCCAGCAUCCCGGCCUCUAAGUUGGAGGUGGGCUGAUGAACAUUUAGCUCCUUCUGUGCUGGGUUGUUAUUGGUCACUUUUUUGAGAUGGUUGCUUUCACAUUGCAAAUGCUUUUAGUAAGUUUGUGGGUAAAUGUUAACUUUGUAAGAAUAUAAGACAGCUUAGCAGGAUAUGAGUUAAGACAUUUAGGGUGUUGUCUUAUUGCUUCAGCACUGUGGAGCUUUUGAGUAACACACUGUGUUACAUGAUUUGACUGAAUACAGGCCAAAAAAAGCCUCAACUUGGUUUCAUUGGCUUAAAUAUAGUUCAAAGCAAUAGACACAGAGUUCAGAUGAGGAAGUACUGUACAAUAAAGGAAGUAAGAGCCUUUAAAGAUAAUUUGCUCUCAUAUGCAAGUAGCUGCCCAAGUCCUGAUAAAUGAGUUGAAAUAAAUGGAAAUACUAGAAUAGAGAUCCUCUAUUCUAAACUAGGAGAGAAAGUGGAGACCCUGCACAUGGAAACCUCACGCCUCUGCUGACAUUGCAGGGGUGGUUUGUGUGGAUAAAGCGACUGGAGUAAAGGAGUCAGGACUGGACAGAAGAAAAGGACCUGACACCAAACCUAGCACCAUACAGGCAAUAUGGCCAAUGCCUUGGCCAGCGCUACAUGUGAGCGCUGCAAGGGGGGCUUCGCACCUGCCGAGAAGAUUGUGAACAGUAAUGGUGAGCUGUACCAUGAACAGUGCUUUGUGUGUGCCCAGUGCUUCCAGCAGUUCCCAGAAGGACUCUUCUAUGAGUUUGAGGGAAGGAAGUACUGUGAGCACGAUUUCCAGAUGCUCUUUGCUCCCUGCUGCCACCAGUGUGGUGAAUUCAUCAUUGGUCGGGUUAUUAAAGCCAUGAACAACAGCUGGCAUCCUGAGUGCUUUCGAUGUGACCUCUGCCAGGAAGUGCUGGCAGACAUAGGGUUUGUCAAGAAUGCUGGCAGACACCUGUGUCGUCCAUGUCAUAAUCGUGAAAAGGCCAGAGGCCUUGGAAAAUACAUCUGCCAGAAAUGCCAUGCCAUCAUUGAUGAACAACCUCUGAUCUUCAAGAAUGACCCUUAUCACCCUGACCACUUCAACUGUGCCAACUGCGGGAAGGAGCUAACUGCUGAUGCCCGGGAGCUGAAAGGGGAGCUGUACUGUCUGCCGUGUCAUGAUAAGAUGGGGGUCCCUAUCUGUGGUGCCUGUCGGAGGCCCAUUGAAGGGCGAGUAGUGAAUGCCAUGGGCAAGCAAUGGCACGUGGAGCAUUUUGUUUGUGCCAAAUGUGAAAAGCCAUUUCUUGGACAUCGCCAUUAUGAGAGGAAGGGCUUGGCCUAUUGUGAAACUCACUAUAAUCAGCUGUUUGGUGAUGUUUGUUUCCACUGCAACCGUGUCAUAGAAGGUGAUGUGGUCUCUGCCCUCAACAAGGCCUGGUGUGUGAGCUGCUUUGCCUGUUCCACCUGCAAUACCAAAUUAACACUCAAGGAUAAGUUUGUUGAAAUUGAUCUAAAGCCAGUCUGCAAAUACUGUUAUGAGAAAAUGCCCGAAGAGUUUAAGAGGCGACUCGCCAAACGGGAGAGAGAAGCAAAGGAUAAAGACAAGCAGAGAAAGAGAAAGCCAGUGUGUCUGUAAACGCUCUGUCCCUUCCACGCCAUUCUCAUGCUUCCUCUGUGGAAUAAAUUUGUGGAGUUUGACAUGAAGCCAGUCUGCAAGAAGUGCUAUGAGAAAUUUCCAUUGGAGCUGAAGAAAAGACUUAAGAAACUAGCUGAGACAUUAGGAAGGAAAUAAGUUCUGGUUUGGG